GCAAAAUUUUAUUUUCAUGACUAAAAAAUUAGGCAAAAUGAAACAAAAUUUGGUGAAAGGGUAAAAUCGACAAUUAAAACAAAAACUGCGUCGAUAAAGUAACGGAGAUUCUUUCACUCCUUUGAUCUCUCAAGUGAAGAAUCUCUCUCUAUCUCUAUCUUCUUCCAUUGAUCCUUUCCUCUCUCUGGCUUGUUUCAGAGCUCUUCGAUCUUCUUCUUGAUCGAUCUACGUGCCACUGUUUAUACCAUUCACGAUCUAAUCCGGUUUCAAUUAUUACUCACGAAAUCGAAGGAAGAUGAGAUCGGUUCAAGCACCAGUUGUUUGUCCUGCAAUUCGACCAAGACAAGUAGGUGCAUGUGCUUCACUAGUCAACUACACUGGUCUGAAACCUAGAAGCCAAUUUUGGGGUAAUCGGACAAAAGGUGUCAAGUCUCAGGGCACUACCACAACAAUCACUCUUAGAUUGUGCAACAAGAGUAUCAAGUGUGUUUUCAGCUCUCACUCUGAUGGUAAUGGAAGCACUGCUGAAAAUUUCAAUGAAAAUGAUGAGGAAUAUGUUAACUCUAGUGUAGUGGAAGCUGUUGAAGUAAAAAGUGGAGCAGAUGGUUUUAUGGUGAAGAUGAGGGAUGGUAGGCAACUACGAUGUGUCCAUAACAAUCCUCAAGGAGGGCAUUUACCAGAUUAUGCUCCACACCCUGCUAUUGUCUUGAAAAUGGAAGAUGGAACUGGUCUUCUCCUUCCGAUUAUCGUCUUGGAGAUGCCUAGUGUGUUACUUAUGGCAGCAAUGACCAAUGUCCAAAUUGCAAGACCAACCAUGUAUCAAGUGGUGAAGGAAAUGGUGGACAAGAUGGGUUACGAAGUUAGACUUGUUAGAGUCACCAAAAGAGUUCACGAGGCAUAUUUUGCCCAGUUAUUCCUUUCAAAGGUGGGUAAUGCCUCGGAGUGUGUCAGCUUUGAUCUUAGGCCUUCAGAUGCAAUCAAUAUAGCUGUUAGAUGCAAGAUACCUAUCCAAGUGAACAAGUACCUUGCAUAUAGUGAUGGAAUGAGAGUCAUUGAGUCAGGGAAGAUAUCAACACCGGCACCAGCUUCAGAUGGUUUAUUAUUUACUGAACAAGACCGACCAAAUGGUCAGGCUUGUCUUGAUACGAAAGAGUUCAAUAUUUUGAGCAAAAUGAUGCAAGCCGUUGAUGAAGAGCGAUAUGAUGAAGCCGCUGAGUGGAGAGACAAGCUUGGUCAGUUUCGGGCCAAACGUAACUUGAGGAAAUACACAUGAGAGAGCUCGAUCAACAAUUAUUGGCUGUGUACAUAAACUAAGAAGAAAGUCAUUGGUCGGAAUCAAAGUGGAGGAAGAAGCCUGAAGUGUCGUCUCUGUAUGAUGGAGAUCGAAGAAUGCUUCUGCACUUUACCCAUUUCCCUAAAAAAUAAACAAAAAAAAAUGUAUAAUGUAUGUAUGUAGCGUGAUGUGUACAUAUUACUUAUUAAUCUAUGCAAAUUAAGCUCACUCUAAUUACUUUUAAGUUUCCUUUUAAGUCUUAUGUUCGUCGUAUUUGUUUUCGUGCUUCUUUCUUUUUAUAAUAAUUUAAUUAUAUAUUUUUGUUAUUACUUGCAGCUGUUUGUUGUUUAUCAUAGAAGCAAUGUGGCAUAUGGUUAACAUGAAAUUUGAAGAAAAGACAAAAUCACUGGCUUUGCCGACAUAUCUGCAGUGUCUUUGUUUUGUUUGUUAGUACUGCAUUGUCUAAAUCUAAAUCGUGACAAUAAAACAGGAUAAUUAUUUUUCAUUAUGAUGUUCUUU